AUGUCCUCAAGCCAAGCGACCUCUAAGACGCCGCCGCUGGCAUCAGCAGGCUCUGGAGAGGGCAAAGCGCGCGGCGCCAACCGAUCUACCAAGGUUGCAGGGAAGCUGAAAGUCCUGCCAGAGCACGCCGAACCGGUCCUCGAAAAGGACAAGGUCGUACAGCCGUCAGCUCCUCCAAGAGUUAAGGUGGACGAAACUGGCGAAGGCUCGGGAACCCUCGCGGACAGCGAAGAUGAAGAGGCGGACGAGGAGGACGAGCCGGACGACGCUGAGGUGUACAACCAAAUCGACCUCAUACCCGCCGGGACGGCGCGCAGGGACGCAAUUCGCCUCACGAAGAAGAAGGCGAAGUCUCUCCCAAGGGUUACCGCUUAUGCGACUGCAAGCUCUUACCGCUUCCCGGAGCUUAUGAAGUUCUUCAACGCGCGACGGGGCUCGUACCACACCAACCCUCGAAUCAUCGUCGACGUGAUCUACACCCCAUACGUCUACGAACCCCCUUCCGCGCAGCCCUCUGCCCAGUCUGGCACCCACACGCGUGUGCACUUCCAAACCCCGUCUUCCCACCACCAGAGCAGAACGGGGGACCUUCUCGGCGUCCCCGAGCUCGCGCCUGGGCAGUCAGGGACCGGGGCACAAGGGCAGUUGGACGCAGAGGCGUCUGAGCACGCUAAUGACAAGGGCAGGAAACGGAGCAAGUUCGCUGAAACGCCUACAGAGGCGGAGAUAUUCAUCUUCGAGUACGGCACGGUCGUGAUCUGGGGCAUGACAGAAGCACAGGAGAAGAGAUUCCUCUCGUCACUAAAGCGAUUUGAAGUCGAGCGGCUAGCGCCGCAAGACGUUGAGAUGGAGGACCUCAACUUCUAUUACGCGAGCUACAGUCGGAUCUACAACGAUGUUAUAACAUUACGGAAAGGCUCGAGUUACAUGACGAAGCUCUCACUGUCACACGCGCUCGCACAGUCCGUGAAGAUAUCCCUGUUCGAGAACCUGAUAUCAGCGACGAUAGAGGACACGAAGGACAUCCCAGAGAUCAUCAGCGAGACGGGCAAGAUCGACAUGAACCACAAGGAGAUCAUGCGUAAGAUCGGGGAGCUCUUCCUGCUCCGCACCAACAUCAACUCUGUCGGCUCAGUGCUCGACUCACCGACGUACCCGGACCUCCAGCCGCUCUACGACGCCGCCCGGUCCUACCUCGAGAUCCCGCAGCGCAUCGACCUGCUCAACGCGCGCGUCGAGGUCCUCCAGGACAUGCUCCAGCUCCUCAAGGAGACCGUCACCUCGCGCCAUGCCGAGCGCCUCGAGCAGAUCGUCAUCGCGCUCAUCGCGGUCGAGAUCGUCCUGGGCAUAAUCACCAUCCUUGUCGACCUGUUCUCGUAG